AUGUAAUAAUAGAAAUAGUUUACGUGUUAAGAUAUUGAACACGAAGGAGAAGAUAUUUAAGGAUUUUGCUUAAAUUUGGGAUGCUAAGAUUCAAAACCUUAGUUCUGUCUCUAAUGUGGUGUUGAUCCUAUAAAACAUUCUAAUUGCAAGAAGGACUUAAAAGGAUUUGGUUAAAUUUCUAGUUUUAUUACGAAAUUCAAUUAGAAUAUACUUGAUUUAACAACCUAAUUGGAUAAAUCAUUUACAUAAGUCAAACAGAAAUAUGAAGAAUUUUCAAAAUAAUUAGAGAAAAUGAAACUAUAAUUACUUAAGAUAUCUCAAUAUUUAAAUUAAUAAGAUUAUAAUUAAUUGAAAGAAAAUUUAUAAUUAAUUAAGGAGGCCUACCAAUAUUUAAAUAAUUAAGAGGAGAUUAAGAAGUAGAAUUAAAUUGGUAUUUUUAUAAUUGUAAUAUUUUUAGGAACACAAUUAAUUAAUAUUAAACAAAUGAUUGAAGCUUGGGAUUUAAAUAAAAUAUAAUAAUAAACUCAAUAUAUAGAUCAUUAAAACAUACUCUAGUAAGGUAUUUAUUUUUUUUAUUAAAUUAGGAUUAUAAUUACUUAAUUAAUAAAAAUGGUAAUAAGCUAAUGAAUUUUUAAUAAACAAUAUAAAAGAUUUGGAGAAACAAUUAUCAUUUGCAAAAUUCUUUUAAAGUACUUUUCAAAUUCAUCAAAUAAUUUAGGUAUUUCUUUAAUAGAAAUGAAUUAAACAGGAAUAGGAAUAAAUAUGAGAGAUUAAGCGAAAAAGAUUAAUAGUAAUUUGUUUAAAGAUUUAUUGGAUUAUUCAGAUUAAGAACUUAAGUAAAAUCCAUAAAAUGCUUUCAUUUUAAUUGCAAAAAGUUAAUCAAAUAUCUUCAAUAGGUUAUGCAUUAAAUGAUGAGAAACAAUUUCAAUUAGCAAUUGAAUAAUGUGACAAGGUUUUGCAGGAGGAUCCCUAAAAUAUUCAUGCUUUAUAUAGAAAAUGUAUUCAUUUAGUUUCAAAGUAGGUUUUUCUUUAUUUGACUUGAAAGAAUAUGAAUAGGCUAUUUAAUGCAUUGACAAAGCCCUCAUAAGCAAUUCAAACUAUAGUAUAGGUUUUACAAAUAAAGGUACUUGCACUGUUUAUAUUCCAAUAGGUGUUUCUUUACAAAACCUUAAGAUAUAUGAAGAUGCAAUUAGUUGCUAUGAUAAAGCAAUCUCAAUAGAUCCAAAUUUUGCAAUUGCCUAUAAUAACAAGGGUAUUUAUUGUUAAUAUUCCAAUAGGUGCUUCUUUACAAAACCUUAAGAAAUAUGAAGAUGCAAUUAGUUGCUAUGAUAAAGCAAUAUAAAUAGAUCCAAAUUUUGCAAAUGCCUAUAAUAAUAAGGGUAUUUAUUGUUGAUAUUCCAAUAGGUGAUUCUUUACAAAACCUUAAGAAAUAUGAAGAUGCAAUUAGUUGCUAUGAUAAAGCAAUCUCAAUAGAUCCGAAUUAUGCAAUUACCUAUAAGAAUAAAGGUAUUUAUUGUUUUAAUAGAAAUAGGUGAUUCUUUAACAAUAUUAAAAAAAAAUAAAUAAGCCAUAGAAAAUUAUGAGCUAGCAAUUAAAUAUUGUAAAAGUGACGAGAAUGAAUUCAAAAGAAGAAUUUAGUAAAUAAAAAAUAACAAAUGA